CCCGCGUCCAGGCUCCAAGCGCGUGUAAAUUUCACUCAUACUCUGCCAACCUCACCGUUCAUUCUCGAACAGAAAAAUAUUGCAUUUCCUUUCUCUGGUGGCCUAGUCAUGUCGCCGGAUCUCUCAUCUCUCAGCCUGUACGACGCGGGACCCAAUUCAUAUGCUCGAGACCACAUACCCCCGGAAGACAAUAUGGAGACCUCGGAAGAUCGUUACAUCCAGAAGUUCAGGCAUUACGUGCAAUCCAUUCCAUACUCUGUUGAGCCCUAUCCAAAGAUGAUGAAGAUGCUCGACCAUAUUUUGUUACGAAUCGUUCAAUGCAUAGAAGCGAAGGACUACGACCCCGGCUUUCUGCAGUGGGAUAGCAUGGUGACUUACUGGUCUAUGCUCAAGUAUCCUAUUCCGAAAGAAAAAAGGAUUCUUCUCGCAAAGCUAUACUUCCAAGUCAGCGUUACGCCCGGAAUGUCCGCACAGGUCAUCGCCACGUGUGCAGAUGGAUUUAAAGUCCUUACACAGUCGAAAAAAAAGGUUUCCGUGAGGGAUAUGAGGCUACCUUGGAAACCCAUUUAUGACAUUCUCAAGGAGGACCUCUUCCUUGACCGCCGACAAUUCGAAUACACACAACUAUCCUGGUGCAUGGGUUAUAUAGCAGAGAACUCGAGGCGCUUCUUCCAUCCUGCUGCAAUAAAUGACAUGCUAUCUACGUUUCUACCGUUAAUGGAUGGAUCUGUGUUGGAUACCAUCCUUUCAUCUCAGUACUAUCUUCUGUCAUUUUUACCGCUAAGUCAUCCACAGUCGUAUCUUCCGAUGCUGACGCGAAUGUGGGAGUCGAUAAACUCCUAUAUGUAUGAUGAGCGCAUGUUGCACUUUCUCGCGAAGUUGGCGGAAUUGCAUGUCUCCCCGCAAGUUAGCGAUCCUCGUAAGAUCGCAGAAGUUCCUGACGAUGAGAUUUCUGAGGGCGAGAAACGACCUCGGUGGUCUCAAGACGAUUUGAGCGCAGAUACGUUAUGGCCGGGUCUAUACAAGGACGUGGGUAUCUUUACGGAUCACGAAUGGAGCCUUCUUAUGUGCAAAUGCCUUGCAUCUAUGGAGAUACCAUUGGCCGACUCCGGAUCCCUGACUACAGGCCCUUCCGCCGACAAUCAAGCUGGGUUUGAGAUCGGACGCCUACCUAAACCUAAUUGGAGGAUUUCGUCAUUGGCAAGUAUCAUUGUGUAUUCCAUGGCGCCUGAUAGCACUCCAGCCCCUCCUUCAAACUUGCCCACGCCAUUCUUCACCCCACUCCCUUCGGGGAUGAAUACUCCUACUAUUCAAAUCUCCACUCUUAAGGAUUAUCUUUCGGCACCGCUGGGCAAAGGUGUGCAAUCGAAGAGCAAAUCAUAUAUUGCCGGUUCGAAGGCGCUCGACUCCCUGGUUAGAUUUAUAGCUUCGGUUCAAGAUUUCUUUCAUAUAUCUAAUUCUGGCGCGUGGACAAACGAUUUAAGUGCCUUCAUCAAGUAUAUCGUUUAUGACUUCAACAAAAGAUGGCAUGAAGAAAGACAGCCAGAUUGUGAGACUCCAAUGAACCGUCGGCUCACUAAAGCGAUGAGACGAGAACUCGUCAAGUCCCUGCGCACUGUGUGCUUGCUUGCCAUGUUCUCGCAAGAUUCGACGACCGUCUCCAAUAUUCAGAGUUGCUUGAAGUCCAUGAGUGUCAUGGAACCGGAUCUUAUCCUACAUCCCAUACUUGAGCGUGCGGUACCUUCCCUAGAAGCCCUCGUAGAAACACAACGUACCAUUGCCGUCAUCAAAGCCCUAGGUGCCGUCGCUCCCGCUAUAGUGUCUCGGCAAGUCCACUAUCCUGGAGCAAAGUAUCUCGUGCCAAUUCUCGACCUACUAAUACCUGGAAUUGACUUGAAUGAUCCUUCGAAGACACUAUGUACCACAUCAUUCCUAGUAGAGAUUUCCCAGUACAUCAAGUUUGGGGAUUUAACUACAGGUGAAAAUAGCCAGCCGACGCUGCUCGAUUCCGAACACACAGAACCGAAGAAAUUCGAACUAAAGCUCCCCUUUCUAUCGUUUGACGAGGCUGACGGGAUGUUUGACCUGAAUCUUGAACCAAGAUUGUCACACGACGAAGAGGAUAUGCUGUUGAAGGACACAACUGCUUCUUUCGCCGAUUGGGUCACAAACUUUAUUCGGAGGGUGAUACAGCUCAUGGAAAACCUUCCUGAAGAGGGUCCCGAUGGCAAUGCAGGAGGAGCUACCGAAGGUAGUAAACGCGGUCGCCGGUGCUUGCAACCAAAUCUGCAUCCACCUCUCUGAACCGUUGUACGACUUGGUCCUUAAGAUGGUCUUCGACUAUGCCAGCACCAACGUUCGUUCCAACGCAGUCCGCGCCAUCCAUCAGCUAGUAGAGUGCAUUACCAACGCCAAUCCUGAGAAGACCUUGGCAAAAUUCCUGCCAUUUUGCGAACAGAACAUUAGAUUUGAGCUGGAGAAUGGCGCAAGCUCGAUGAGGACGACCUCUUCGUCGUCUGCGCUACCCUCUGAUGCUACACUUCACUGGAGUAUUUGAAUGAUUUCUAAAGAUUUAUCGUGAGCUGAUAUCUGAUCUAG